AUGGGUAAGGAGCACCUUGCCCCUGUCUUAUUCCUAGAUGGAGGGCUAGGCACAUCUCUCGAGGACAAAUACGGCGUCAAAUUUGACGAGAAUACCCCUCUAUGGUCCUCGCAUCCCCUUAUCGAUGACCCGGAGACCCUGCGUGCGUGCCAGAGGGAUUUUGGUAGCGUUCCCGUCGAUAUCUUGCUUACGGCAACCUAUCAGGUUUCAGCCGAGUCCUUUUCACGAACCAAGACUUCAAACCAUCCACAGGGCAUCGGCCGCAGUGAUAUCUCACCUUUCCUCGAUCUAGCUAUUUCGAUUGCUGAGGAAGUUAAAGCUCCCGAUGCUCAUGUUGCUUUAAGUGUCGGGCCAUAUGGUGCCUGUAUGGUUCCUAGCCAAGAGUAUAGCGGAAAAUAUGAUACAGAACACGAUUCGUUUGAACGACUAUUCAAUUGGCAUCGGGACCGCUUCGACUUGUUUGAACAGGUUGAUCAUCUAGGAUCCCGUAUCUCAUUCAUUGCUUUUGAGACCGUCCCAAGACUAGACGAAAUAAAAGCUAUCCGAAGACUUUUCACCCGUGCUCCGUCUUCUAUAUCGAAUGCAUUAUCCCUUCUCCACGGGGAAGUACCAUUUUGGAUAUCAUGCGUCUUUCCCGGUGACGCCUAUACUCUUCCUGAUGGCAGUGAUAUUGAUCAAGUGGUCGAUGCUCUCUUAAGCACAGAAUAUUCGGACGUUAUUCCUUGGGGAAUUGGCAUCAACUGCACUAAGAUAGGAAAGCUUCCUGGCCUAGUUGAGAUGUAUGGUCGCUCCAUUGCUAAGUUGACAAGUUCCGGUCGACUUGGAACCCAUCCUAUCUCCUUAGUUCUCUAUCCCGAUGGCACCAACGGGGAGAUAUACGAUACGGUAACGAAGACAUGGCAAGCACCGGCCAGUCACCAAACUCCCACGACCCAGUCGCCAUGGGAACACCAGCUUUCUGAGGUGGUUAGCCUUGCUCAAAAGCAGCAUUGCUGGAGGUCUAUCGUGGUUGGUGGAUGUUGCAAGGCAACUCACAGCGACAUCACGAGACUUCGUGCCGUCGUUCAGGAAACUUGA